AUGGGGGCAGCCAAAGUGCUGGUUGUCGGUGCGAUCCAAGGUCAGCUCCAGCAUGCCUUCACCAAGAUCACCAAGCUCCAUACGAAACAGUCAUUCUCGUUUGCGAUCAUUAUCGGCGAUGUAUUCGGGAAAGACGCAGCCACCGAAGCUGAUCUGGGCGGCCUCCUGAACGGCGAGAUCAAGGUGCCGCUGCCGACAUACUUUUCAGUGGGAGACCAAGCACUGCCUACCAAGGUUGCUGAGAGGCUGGAGAAUUCAGAUGAAGUGGUCUCGAAUCUGAUCUAUGCUGGACGGAAGGGCACGUUCACCACUGCUGAAGGCAUUCGAGUCGUCACAGUAGGCGGAAAGCUGGUCGAGAACGAGGCCUCCGUGACCCAGAGCCUAGGCAAGACUGAUCCCCUGUUCCUCAGUCAAGACACGAAGAGCCUCAAAGGUGCUCACUCAGCUCACAUCCUCCUCACCAAUCAAUGGCCGGCCAAUAUUCACAGGCUCUCACAGGUCGACCUGCCUGAAGGCGUCGCCGUCGAAGCAGGAGCACAAUCCCUCGCCGAGCUCAAUCAAGCACUGAAGCCAUGGUACCACUUCUCAUCAAGCCCCUCCGGCAUGUGGGAGCGCGAAGUCUUCCAACAAAAGCAAGAAUACGACUCCCUCGAAGAACCAAAAUACACCCGCUUCAAAAGCCUAGCCAGCGUCUCCAAUCCCACGAAAGAAUGGGUAUCAGCCUUUACCCUCGACACCUCCCGCCCACCACCAGCAGAAACCUGGACCAAACUCCCCUUCCUCACCGGCUCCCCUCCUCGCAAGAGACCCCGCCUCGAAGAUCAAGACCAAGCCUACGGCCGCUACAACGGCCACGACAACCACCGCCAUGGCCGUAAGCGCGGCAGAUUCGACAAGCACUCCUCCAAUCCCAACGACUGCUUCAUGUGCGUCGGCAAAGCCGACUUCAAAGAACACAUGGUCGUCUCCAUCGGCUCCGAAUCCGUUCUCUCAAUCCUCCGCGGCCCUCUCCCGGAAUCAACCACCUUCCCCCAACUGACCAACUUCUCCGGCCACAGCCUCAUCAUCCCCAUGUACCACGCCUUCGACGAAAUCUCACAGGGCCGCCGUCCCCAAGAAGAGCUCCAGACCGAGUUCGACGAGAUGACGCUGUACCGGAAAGCGCUGAAUCGUAUGGUCGGCGCCAAGGCGAAUGGCGAACUGGGCACGGUGUGCUAUGAGGUCAAUCGGAUCGGCAUUCGACAUUUUCAUUGGCAGUUGCUGCCCGUCGAGGCGGAUAAGAUCAAGAGGGGCCUGGUGCAGGGCGCGUUCAAGCUGGCGGCGGAGAAUCGAAAAUACGGCACUUUUCAGGACUGCGACCCAGAGAAGUUGCUUGAGGAGCGAAACAAUUUCUUCAGAGUGUGGAUCUGGCGGCCCUCGACAAAUCCAGUCGAGAAGGCGGAUCAGGAGGCCAAUGGUACGGAGGGGGAUGGUGGGGAGACGACGUCUAUGUUCUUCAAAAUUCCCGAGGAAGGCAAGUUCAAUGUGCAGUUUGGGCGGGAGGUCAUGGCGGGGAUACUGCAAUUGGAGGAUAGGGUUGAUUGGCGGGCGUGUCUGAUGCCGGAGGCGGAGGAGUUGGCGUUUGAGCAGGCGGAGGCGGAGGCUUUUAAGGAGGGGUUUGCGGAAUUCGAUUUUGCCAUGUGA